AUGGCUUUUUCGCAGGAUGUCCUUUUGGGCUAUGUGGGCCGCCAGCUCGGAUCAGAGGAGCUCGAUGUCCGACUCAGUCGCUUUGGAGGUACUCCAGUUUGGAGCAAAGAGCCCUCGUCUGAGUCGAUGCUUCGAAGGCCAGACUUCUUCAACUGCAGACUUUGUGGAAAGCCACUGGUUCUCUUCACCCAGGUUGCUGCAGGCUAUGGGGAUCGGCCCAAACGGCUGCUCCACGUCUUCACUUGUCGCGCAAGUGAGUGUAGCGGUGAUCCGCUCUCCUGGCGAGUGCUGAGAAGUACUGGAAAGGUUGCGGCUGAACCAGCGGAGGACUUGGGCCAUCGCCGGGAUCCUCAAAGCCAAGGAUCAGGCUACCCGACAUCUUCUGCAACGGAAGAUGAUUGGAGUGUUGCCGCACCUGCCGACGACUGGAGCCAGCCAGGCUUCCCGGAGUCCGCGAAAUCCGUCGCGGAGGAUGACUGGGGUGUCGCCGCGGCCGACGACUGGAGCCAGCCAGGAACUUCGGCCACUGCCGACGACGAGAUUGAG